AUGUCUACAGCUCCGACAAAAAAGCAACCAUUUAAAGUAGCUGAUUUAACUUUAGCUGAAUGGGGACGUCGUGAAAUAACUUUAGCCGAAUAUGAAAUGCCCGGCUUAAUGCAAUUACGUAAAGCGUAUGGUGCAUCACAACCAUUGAAAGGUGCACGUGUUGCUGGUUGUCUUCAUAUGACCGUUCAAACAGCUGUACUCAUCGAAACAUUGACUGCAUUAGGAGCUGAAGUCCAAUGGAGUAGUUGUAACAUUUUUUCAACACAAGAUCAUGCAGCAGCAGCUAUCGCUAAAGCUGGUAUUCCUGUUUAUGCUUGGAAAGGUGAAACCGACGAAGAAUACAUCUGGUGUAUGGAGCAAACCAUCUUCUUCGGUGCUGAUAAUAAACCGUUGAACAUGAUUUUAGAUGAUGGUGGUGAUUUAACUGGUAUUGUUCAUGAUAAAUAUCCUGAAUUGACAGCAGGUAUUUUCGGUAUCAGUGAAGAAACAACAACAGGUGUCCAUGCACUCUAUAAAAUGCUUAAACAAGAAAAACUUAAAAUUCCAGCUAUUAACGUUAACGAUUCAGUAACAAAAUCAAAAUUCGAUAAUUUAUAUGGUUGCCGUGAAUCACUUAUUGACGGUAUUAAACGUGCAACUGAUAUUAUGAUUGCUGGUAAAGUAGCUGUUGUUGCCGGUUAUGGUGAUGUUGGUAAAGGCAGUGCACGAGCUUUAAGAAAUUUCGGGGCUCGUGUAAUCAUUACUGAAAUCGAUCCAAUCAAUGCUUUACAAGCAGCCAUGGAAGGUUAUGAAGUAACAACAAUGGAAGAAGCAUGCAAAGUUGGUCGUAUAUUUGUAACCGCUACUGGUUGUCGAGAUAUUAUCUUAGCUCAACAUAUGGUUGAAAUGCCUGAUAAUGCAAUUAUUUGUAAUAUUGGUCAUUUUGAUAUUGAAAUCGAUGUUGCUUGGCUUAUAAAAAAUGCCGUCUCAAAAGAAGUCGUUAAACCACAAGUUGAUCGAUAUACAUUAUCUAAUGGACGUUCGAUUAUCUUACUUGCUGAAGGUCGACUUGUUAAUCUUGGUUGUGCUCAUGGUCAUCCAAGUUUUGUUAUGAGUAAUUCAUUUACAAAUCAAGUUCUUGCUCAAAUCGAGUUAUUUACCAAGAAAAGUCAAUAUCCAAUUGGUGUCUACAUUUUACCGAAGAAGCUUGAUGAAGAAGUUGCUGCUGCUCAUCUUGAGCAUUUAGGUGUUCGCCUCAGUAAAAUGACAAGCGAACAAGCUAACUAUUUGGACUUAAACACUGCAGGUCCAUUCAAACCCGAGCACUAUCGUUAUUAA